AUGUUGUUCCCCCACGUUUUCCCAAAAACAUUCAACAGCUUCGCAGCAACAGUCUAACACCAAUCACACCGAAAGAAAAAAAAUGUGAAAACGGAAAACCUCGCUUAAAAAAAUUCCGUGCAAUAAUUCUAUUCCCGAAAAUGUAAACAUUAUAUUUAUGUUUAAUCUAUAAACACUUUUAGGACUAAAAAUAGUAUCUGUGAAUUUUCUGGACUCAGUGCCGUAUUGGAUACGAUGCGAGUAUGAGUCGGCCUAAUUUUGUGUAAACUUUUGUUUAAACUAAUUGAUAUGAACGUAAAAAAAAGUUACCAGUCAUUAUCGGCAGUUUUUGGUUUACUUUUACGUUAUUUUGAUAUUAUGAUAGGAUUAUCUCGUACGUGAUGGACCAGGAGCCAAAUGGCUCUGAAGGAAGAAAUAUUACUGUUACUUCAACUCCACAGCCAGCUCCGACACUUCAUCCUUAUUAUCAAACAUACGAUGUCAUGACCGGAGUACGAAUAGCUGCAACUUUGGGCAGCUUUUUUGGCCUAAUGGCUAUUCUCAUGUUUUACAAAUCAAAAUCUAAGACUGAGAAAGCCAUGGAAGAUCCAGAUUUUACUGCUGCUGCUAUUGCUGAGGUUUUGAAAAAUGAAGAAGAAGAAGAGAGGCAAUUACAAAUGGCUCUCGAAGCAACAGUCCAUCAUCAGUUAAACCCAAGAAGGAUAAGGAGAUCUUUAGAUACAGCUAGCAUGCCAUCGAAUUGGGACAGAUAUACUCCAAGAUUCGCAUCGUUUGCUGGUUGCAGUGGAAUGAUGAAUCCACCAACCAGUCCUCACUGCAAACUCCCAAUGUUCACUGAUGAUGAUCCCGAAGAGAUUGGGUCGUUGUAUGACGAAUUGUUUUAUAAUGACAAUCUUGACAUCCCAAGACGACCCAGCAAUAUCACCUGUUCAUCAUCAGGCAGUUCAUAUUUAGAACGUAGAGAUUCUUCUACAACUUUGGGACUUCCUCCAAUGCCUGCACACAAAUGCAAAUUGUCUCAAUGUCAAUUCUCCGAUGUCCCGGAGAUGUACGAUUUUUAUUACCCUAUAGAUAUUAGAGUUACUCAUCCUACUCCCGGAGGAUCUCCUUGCGGGAGUAAUAGAGGACUGUACGACAGAGUUGUCGAUAUUCCGAAUUUAAAACCGAAGCUAGCUCCUUUAGCUUCUAUUAGUAGUUGUAAUAGUUCAUUAGGAACUGAUAUUCCAGACUUCGAAGUACAAUCAUUUUCUAGCGAUUCUGUAUUUGAUGACGACGACGAAGAUACAGAACACGAAAUGAACGAAAUAAGCACAAACAGCGAUGCAAACAGUGAUAGUGACGUCAAUAGUGACGAUGGCGCCUGCUACCGAGGAAGGAGCAUAAGACUGACAGUUCCCGUGGAUAUUGAACCUAUACCUUCAUCAAAAUCGUCGUCUACUCUAGUAGGUCAUGAUAAAUCUUCUUCGGAACAUAGUUCGGUUGUCAAUUUAGAUGAAAAAACAUCUUGGGUCCAAGAAACUUUAUUUUAAAAAAACAAGAGAUAUUUUUGGACACGCUCUCCUCCAUGUAGACAAUAUUCAAUAUUGAGUUACUGAAAAUAUUAAUCUUGGCGCGAUAACCAUUGAGGUACUCGACGAUAGUAAUGUACCGGGUUUAUAAACUUUCUUCAGAUGCAUAUAUAGUAACAUUUUAAUCCAACAAUGUCCAAGUACCUUUUAUACAAACCGCCAUUUACAUCUAAACGUAUUAAAAACAAUUAAAUCAAAACAAAUAUAGUUAUUGAAUAUAUAUUUUAGAAACUGUUAGUUAUAUUUUCUAUUUAUGAUAUUUCUUUAUAUCAACUAGAAUUAUUUCCUUCCUUUGGUGUCUCAAUGGUUAUAAUUUAACGUACGUGAAAGGUUAAAUGCGAAAUCAAAACACCAUAAUCAACUUAAUAAUCAUCGUUUAACUCGAUCGAAUAAAAUCUAACUAUUUUUAUCAGUCUCCCUGUAUAUACUUAAUAUUUGUUCUUAUUAAAACAUUAAUCUUAAAAAUAAAAUUAUCGAAUUGAAUUUUAACUUUAAAUUAAUUGAAAUUCGGAAAUAUUUACUCAUGUUAAAUGUAAACUUUUGAAACCUACUCAAAUCAAAAUUGAAAAAAAAACUAAUAAACUGUGAUUAAACGUUAAAUAAUUUGUGAUAAGCUAAUAAUAAUUUGUGAUAAAUUCUUAUUUGAUCUAAAACAUCGAGUAUGUAAAAAAUAUAUGUAAAUCUAUAAAUCUAGAGAUGUUUGUAGUGAUUGAAUUGUUAUAAUAACACUCGCUACGAGGUUACAUGAGGAAACCCAAGAGCGAGAGUGUGAACAGUGCUCUUGCCUUAAUUCGUCUCGCCUCUCUGUUGCACCGCUCCGUGUCGUUUUUUCCGGCACGAAUCAAAGUACGUAAUGUCUUGGAUGCGCCUCGCGAGAUUCUGUAUUGGGCAUUAUAAUAAAUUUAAUUUUUUACGGCUUCAAAUUAAAAGACGUACAUCUAAAAUGAAAGUGAAUCGCUCAUAAUAAAUUCAUCCAAAGUGUUCAAUACUGCAUACGCUUCAGUGAUUUCAUCUUCACUGUUCCUCAAUUUUGUGUCAUUAGAUCAAAGGUUACUGUUACAUCACUCGAGAAAAAACUCAAUUAUUGAACUCAGAACCUUGGAUAAAAUUUCAGUCCCUACGUUAAGUUGCCGAAAAUAUGCAUUUUCUCUUUCGUUCGAGACACUUUAUCUAUUCUGCGCAUGCUUGAGAAUGCGCAGAACCGAGCUGAAACCUCGAAGGAUAGAGAAAUCGUUGCCAUUUUGUUAUACUUUGUCGGAACAGCUUCCACUUAUAGAAAGUGUCCAUAUAGAAAUAUUCCAUAUAUGCUCGGAACCAGAACAAAUCGUGGUUAAUACUCUGCGACUCCAUUUGUGUUAUUUACUUAUGUUGUUCGUAUUCGACCAAUGACAACUUGAUCGGUUUGAUAUGAAUCUUCAGCUUCAACGAUUAGUAUAGGUCCAAAAAUGUUUUAUGAGCACCAUAUUUUAAUAUUUAAUAGGAAAUACACAUUAUUUUCAUAUUCUUAAUCAACUUAGGUCACACUUAAAAUAAAAAAGAGCAGAUCGGUUACAAAUAUGAUUGUAAUCAAAAUUUAUUAAUAAAUAAAACGAUGAGAAUACAAUGUAUCUACAGAAACCACAAUCCGAAUGCAAAUAUUAAAUUUUAUAUCGAUAUCUUACCUACAUUUAAUGAAUAAAUCGAAAACUAGUUCCAGAACAUUGAGCUUCAUUGCUAGAGUUAUUCACGUAUCAAAAAUUUACUUUAGUAUCGAUAUGAUAGCUAAAACUUUCUCAAAACUAAUGAGUUACUAGCUUCAAAUAUCAUAAUUUUCAAGUGACAUUCAGAAAUUAUGAAUAGAGUCUCAAGAAAAUAUUUGAUAAUACAGAUUGUCUCGUAAAUAAGUGCUAGUAUGAUGAACCGUUGAGGAAUAAUUAAAAUAGCUGAAUAUAGUAAUCAUAUACGUCAAAAACUUUCUUUUAACAUUGUAUCUAUCCACUUUCAUAAGCUGGUGUGAACAUAAUAUUGAACCGCAAUAGUUGCAUUAGUCCAAAAUUGACAAUAUCGUGUUUCUUGAAUGUCAUUUGCUAAAAUUUGAAUGGUUACAAAACCACGCACUACGGUAGAGAGUUGAUUGGUCGAAUAUGAUCUAACGUUUACACUUUCCACUUUGGAUUAAUCAUUGCUUCGAUGACCGCCUCUAUCUUCGGAAGUUGUUACAGUGUCAACCCGUUUCAUAAUUUAAAAAAAUCUACAGGUUUGUUCCAGCCUACUAGUCUUGACCGUUCUUCGAACGGUUAUUGGAAGCGUUUAAAUGAUAUUUUCUACGAAAUUUCCUGUUUUGCACUGUUCUUGUAACAGUAGUUGAUAUCAACCAAGUAUCGAAAAGACCGUCCCUAAAACGGUUCACAAACGAUACCUAAAUCGGUUGGAACACAAAACUGCCCGACUGGAACACGUAAUCUCUAUUGCGCAGAAUCGUCACCGUACUAAGGAGGGUUUUUUGAUGGGUUGGAACGAACCUAAUAAAAUGUGGUCUAUGCUUGUACCUUUUUUAGAUCAAUCGAUUAUAUUGUGAUUCUUUCUUUCGAGCGUGAAUAAUCUAUUGAAGCAAAUACUGUGAAUCUUAGUAGUAUCGGAAACUCAAGCAAUAAAAAGAAUACUACCUCUUCUAGUCAAUUUAAAUUGUUGUCUAUAUCAAAUAAUUCUAUCUACUAGUUACAAAUCUUACUCGUAAACUGUGAUGAUUUUUGUUAUUGUUAUUAGGAAUCACCAAUUAAGUCAAUUUAUUAUGUAGAGUAGCCCCUUUUUGAUGUGAAUACUUCCAAUUUACUAUAAUUUAAUAUAAACAAUAAGAAGUAUUUUAUAAAUAGGCGUUCAUAAAUUGGAAACUAAGGUGAAAGAUAAUCCUCAGUGUUCUGUUUACCUAUUAGGGAUGCCAUAAAUUGGAAGCUGCUAAUCUCUGUCACGAAAUUUGAUGCUGUUGAUGGGUCAUUAGAUAAGAAGUGGAAGUUAAAAUAAAUCGAUACAUUACUCCAGGUUUAGCUAUUUAUUCACAACUUCACAAUAUUUUCCUGUUGUCACUGAUUAAGAAGAAAUCUACUCUAAUUAUUCUGAGAAUCAUUUCCUCUAACAUAUUUCGAAUGUAGCACAUAUUGAUCUGUUCAAUGUGUUUCUUAUUUACUGAAUUUAUUAUUUUAGAUAACAUGUAUACUGCAUCCUUCAUAAAUAUAUUGCAAAUCACAAUACACUUUUCUAUAUCUGGUCCUUAUGUUAAUCCCUUCUAUAGCGUCCAAUUUAAGGGUAGUUUUAAAGGGUAGUAGGUAUAGUUCUUCCAAUAUCAAUUGCAGAUUAUAGAAGCCCAUGCCGACAAUUUUGUUUGAUCUUCCAUUUUAUGAAUUUAUUAUUUUUAUAAAUACUUAUCAGAAUAUGAUACUUAGACAGAUGCACUUAAUUGUAGUCUUUUAACUUGGAAAAAAAUUAUUAUUUUACCUCGUUAACUUGCUACAACUGAAUUGUAAAUUAUAAGACAUAAAUAGACGAGUAAAAUGUACAUGCCUGUAGGGGAGUUUGGUUUAAAAAGGGUACCAGACGUGAACUGAUCCCUUUUUGUACCUUUCGUCUAUUAGAACUUCGGUAGUCUUUUGUCUGACGCAAAUAUUCUUGUCGCCAUAGAACUAUCCUGAACGAUUCGGUUAUUACCCCGUUUUUUCAGUUUUUUGUGUUUAAAACCACAUGCUGAUAAAACUUGUCGCAAUGUUUCUAAACUGGUAUAAUUGUAUUCUGGAUAAUUUGCUACCUUUUGCUGUAUUACUUCUAAUGUCGCAGCCCUGUUCUUCUUAUAUAAACUAUAAAUUGUCCUACGUACAAAAUCUUGAGUAGCUCUGUCAACUGAUUUCAGUUUUUCUUUACAGCAACCCCUUUCGUGACUACUCGAUAAAUGGAAAAUUUUUUACUCUAUAUAUAUAUAUAUAACUAAUUCAGCAAUUCUUAAUAUGAGUUUGCAUUUUCAGAUUGCUCAAUAUUUUCCAUUGUUAAAUAUUCGAAUAUAUUUAAAAUAACUUGCUGUGUUUGUGUAUCUAAAUCUUUAUUAUAAAAUUCAUUCGCCCAUGGUCAGAAGAACGCCAUAAUUCUAUUUAUUUAAGGAAAUGUAUGAAUUAAUUAAAUCUCACUAAGCCACUCCACUGCUUAUCGCAGACUGUCUAGCAGGAAUAUUUCAAUGAAAUUGUGUGCAAACGCCUUCCGACAGUUUCGGCCAAGAGAAAUGCAUUUUUGAAUGGUAAAUAGUGGAGAUGACGAGUCCACGUAGACUGACGGUUUGUUGGAUGUUUAUCGAAUUUUAUACGGAGAGUUAACAUUAUUUACAAUUUAUUAAUUUGGUAUAGUAAUGGAAUAACUGUCUUCUGCUGUUGAUAUUGGAUGAGCUGUAGCUUCCAAUUUAUGACCGCGUAUACAAAUCAAGUCCGUUCAUACACACAAUGAACAAAUGUUAAGAAUAAAUUGAGAUAUGUAUAAUAAAUGAGAAAAUAAACAAUAUUUCGUAAUCAUAAAAAAAUUAAGCUAGAAACUACUACUAACGCAUCACUGUAGAGAUAUUAAUCCAUAAAAGAAAAAUAUAUAACUACUUCACAACAAAAAUUGAAUAAUAAUGUGACAGUCAUUUCAUAAAAUGUAUAAACGGACAAACACACAAAUGGUAGAACAAAACGUCUUCUUCACGUCAACAGUUAUAGUGGAAAAUAGUUCUAAGUAAACAGAAACAGUGUGACGUCAUAAAAUAAGUUGGUAACACUAUACUUCCCACAACUGGUAGAACAAAACGUCUUCUUUACGUCACCAGUGAUACUAGGAAAAAGAUCUGAGUAGAGUGGGAGGGUGUGACAUCAUGAAAUAAGUUGGUAACACUAGUUUGUUUCCAAAUAAAGUAAUUUAUGUGAUUUAUUGUCGAUUUUAAUUAUUAAACGUAAUAAAGUGACUAUGUCCUAUCGUAUUUUUAGAAAAUAGUUAUGAUCUAUAGGUAAAAACAUAUAAAUUAAGGAUAAUAUAAACGUAUAACGACUAAUAAGUCAUAGUGAAAAUAAACAAAUAAUAAAAAUGUAAACAAUAAAAUAAGAACUUAAAACAAUCAACUCAUAUUUAUAAAAAGAACAUUUAACAAUAAUACAGGGUAAAAACUAAUUAACUAGCAAUAUCCCAGAUAUUAAACAAAGAGAUGAUUUUGCUGUGGUUUUUAAUAAUCAAUAAUUGUUUUAAAAUUUAAAAAAGUCGAUUACUAGUAAUGUCAAUUGUUUGCAAAAAUCAUAUAUGCAGUUAUCAAAUGAUGUUAAAAUUAGGAAAUUUUGGAAUCAGUUUGUAUAUUAAGUAAUAUCCAAAAAAAGUGUUUUUAAAAUAUUUUACUUUAUUAUAACUUAUAAAAGUACAGGUUGUUAGCUAUUUUAUGUUACUCAGAUGUUAAACGAUACUAGAAAUCUAAUCAAAUACCGAUGAAAUUGAAAUAUUUUAGAUAGUCAAACAGAUGUUAAUAUAAAUAAAUAAAUUUAUGUUUCUAAAUGUUCUUGAUUUUAUGUCUCUUCUGUUUCAAAAUUAGUUUUUUUUAAUAAUAUUUAAAAGAUAUAUAAAAAUUAACGUUUCGAUUAAUUAAGUCUUUAUCAUUUAGAAACAUAAACAUAUCAAAAUCAAUUAAAGAAAUUUAUAGAUAAAUAUAUAUACUUCUCUGGCGGAAUCGAAGAAUUAGUUUCAACCUUUGUAUAUUUCUACAGUACCUUCAAGAGCUGGUAAUGAUAACAUAAAAUUAAUAAUAGAGAAAAUUUCUGCGUUUAUUACCUAUCAAAGAUAACUAGGUAAUACGUCUAGAAAUAUAAGUCUAGGCUGAAUAUAACCACCAAAACUAUAUUUUGAAUCUUUAUUAUGGAAAAUAAGGUUAUUUGGUGGAGAAACUCACAAUUACAGUAUCAAUUAAUUAUUUCAGAGAGAAAUAUGAAAUUGUAUUUUCCUCGUCAUACAUUAUUUUACACCAAUUAAGUAGUGCUGAUUUCAUAUCUAUUUGGAUAACUUCCAACAUUAUAGACGAAGAGAACUUAAGGAAAAGCUCAGAGUAAAUAAAAAUAUUAACAACACUAAUGUAAAUAUAAAGCACUUACGAUACAGAAGAGUUAGUUUAAGUGUGUAGCUAUUUUUUGGAUAAUGGACGUGACAAAAAAAAAGAAUUGAAGGGGGAAAGAGAAGCUCGUUGUUGGAUUCCUCUGCUGGUUUUUAGAUGUUUCUACAAUAACAUAUGCAACAGAGAUUUGAAUAAUUCAAAGGAAACACUAAAAUAAAAUUGAAGCAAUCGAAAAACAAACGGGAUAAAACUAGAAAUGUAGACAUGAGGAAAAUGAGAAUUAUAAGUAAUGAGGAUAAGCCAACAAAAAUUAGUCUAGAGAAUAAUAGAUCUAGAAUACCGAAGAAAAAUCACAAGCAAACUAAAGAAGAAAACGGAAGACUCUGGUCGAAAUAAAACUACUAAUACUGGAGACAGAAAUACUUGGAAAAAUUGGUUGGAAGAAAAAACUGAGUUCGAAUUGACGUCCAAAAACAUAUUAGGAUAACACAACAAACUUCAACAACUUCCACGGCAUCUUGCGUUACAUUAAGAAAAAAAUUCAGGAUAGUUUUGUUUUGUUAUUAGGCAAAUACUAGUAGGCAAAAAUAACUGAAUUUUUUAUUGUAUUUGAACUCUUCUAAACUAUUCUCUAUUACACGCUUUGAUAACUUGAGAACUAAAAAAAUAUUAAAAGAAUAUUCAGGGUGCUCCGAGACUUAAUGCAAAAAAUUCGGAAUGAGUAGAUGACGUGGAAAUUAUGCUGUGAUAUGAAAUAUUUCUCAUUUCCCAUUUCUGAAUUAUUUUCCUUUAAAGUUGCAAAAACAAAAUUUAAAUUCAAGUAUAUUUUCUAAAUUAUAUAUAUGACUAGCUUCGCCCGCGGUUUAUUGGGAUAAUUCAAUGAGAAAUGUAUUCUAUGCAUUAAUUCAAUUUGGAAGAGUUAUAAAGAAAAAGAUCAAAUCAAUUCCUGCCACUUUCAAAGAUUGGCUCUGUGAUUUAUUGAUUGUCAUAGCAAAAUAGACUCCAAUAGGGAAAUGCAUUCUUUUAAAUUGAAGAGGGUAGUCUGAAGGUAUAAGGGGUAUGCGUGGUAUAAAGACUGAUUACCCUCUGGCACAUCCGAUUAUAAUUGUAGCCUCGAUUACGUUUUUCUGAAGAGCGUUCACACAUAGUCUCGUACCGUUGCACAGCUUAGGAGGAUUAAGAUUUCGUAACAAUAUUAUCGGUGUUCCAAUCUUUAGAAUAAGUCUAUGUGCCGGGAAACCUGGAGGAUUGAGCGAGUUUAGAAACUUUGAUGGGUAUUACACAGCAUUAUCAACUUGUAAUACAGAAACUAUAAAUCGAAACUCCAUGCAUUCUCCAUCAAAUGAAUUCAACCCUUUUUAAAGAAAUCUAAAAGAAAUUUCCAAAAACGGAGAAACUAGUUAUAGAUAUUCACACGGGUCCCAUUUCUAAAAAAAAAUCUCUUUGAUAUAUCAUUUCGUCAUGAAGCAUUGCUAAAUAUAUGGUUCCGUAAUAAAAAUUUUUGUUCAACUCUUUGAACCCUUUCCAAGUCGAAUUUUGAAAAUCGCGGAAAUCAGUUUCUAGGUUUUUGUACGGAGAAUGUUUUAGUGCAGAAACGAAGUCGAUAUCUCAAUUAGCAGCCGAGAAAAACAAAAAAUCUAAUUUUCAAACAUACCCCGUUUUACCCCUUUAAAAUCGAAAUUUCACAAAAUCCUUUCUUAGUGCAGCUCUACACGCCGAUACAAACAUACCAUCAAAAUUUCAUGUCUCUAUCUUUAAUAGCCUUGGCUGGGCGUUGAUGAGUGAAUGAAUCAGUCAGUCUCUACUAUCUGAAGGCCAAGUGCGGCUCAUGCCCAAUGAUUAACAAUCCGUAACUUCUACAGAGACAACCUGUACAAUAGAAAGUGAAUUUUUCAAUUGAUUUCUCAACAUAAUGGUACUCUCUGUUAAACUCGAUAAAAUUUAUGGUUUAGGAGAUAUUUAGAUUUUUAGGAAACUGUUCGCCAUAAAGAGACAUUCUGAAGAAAAUUAUCAUAAAUUGUAAUUAUUUAUCAAAAAUACUUACAGAAAGUAUCAAAGCACAAUCAAAUAUUUAUAAUUAAAUUGCAUACUAUUGAAUAUCGUGUUACUUACAUAAGGAAAAAAUUGAAAUGUAGAAAUUUAUUUGAUUACCCAACAAGUUAUCAAAUAAAAACAAUAAAAAUUUAAUAAAUGUUCGAAAUGGGAACCUUGCAUAUUUACAACUCCCGGAGUCUACGGAGGAUAGAAAUUUUUGCUUCAAAUCCAGGAACACCUUGUAUGUAGAUAAAUUUUUUAUGAAAAACUACUCCGCCAUCUAUGUGAAUUGAUAUGAAGAUUCGAAUAGAAAUAGUUUGUAUAGGUUACUUCAAAAUUGUAGCUGAUUGUAUUAUAUCUAAUUACACUUCCCCAUUUAGAUAUUUAUAAACGAUUUACUUGUAUGUAUAAAAUAACGAUGGUGUUUUAAUAGAAACAGCAUUUAACUGUACACGUACAAAAAUUAAGUGCCAAGAGAAACAUACAUCUAAACCUCUAUUUUAUUCUCUACUCUACCUUCCUCAUUCGUAGUACUAAACUUGUGAUCUUUCUCUACUUUCUUCAUCUUUCGGACCCCCUUUUUAACUAGAUACUAUUUUAUUACAACUUGUUUUAUACUAAAAGUUCAAAAAGAGGCAGCGGACGCGAUUUUUAAACAAGUUCCUACCUCCUUUUUGGCUGAUAUUCUAUGAAGAAUAAUAAAAAAUAAAUAAUUGUACCGGUAUGUACACCGAUUGUAUUACAUUUCAGACAUAAUCUAUUUUCAAAUUAGACCGUAUCUAAAGUUCCUUAAAUUGUGUUAGAAAAGUGUAAAAAUGUAAGGUACAGAGUAUGGUUUGAGGUCAAAUUAUUCACUGACAAUUUUCUGUAAUGAAUAGAUUCAGUUUCGUGAUGUAAACUAAAAACCAGUUAUUGCAAAUAAAUUGUAUCCUCAAAUAUAAUAUACCCAAACAGUAUUGAAUUAAAUCAGUUCUAUUAUUAACUUUGAAUAUUCUCUCUCUCGAAAUAAUGAAUUCUUUACUUCGAAGCGAGAGUAUUUGAAACUUUGUUUUAGAAACGAAUAAUAACGACACAGAAUAUGUAACUUUUAGUAACAUUAGUAUAGUUACCGUUGAUUUUCCGAUUGAUAUGAAGUUGCUUGAAAGUUUCUUACCUUUAAAACUUUCUAUAAUAAGUUUGGAAGUUAUUUGGGUAAAAUAAAAUUAUAUAUUCAAUGUGUUAAAAAUUUAUCAAAACACAAUAUCCUUAGUUUUACAGAAGUUUUCAGUUAUUUUGUUUCUACUUUCGGAAUUUCUGACCUUUACAAUUUGUAACGAAUUAUAACAAUAUUGUUAUUAUCACAAAAAUCAUCAACAUUUUCAUUUUCAUCGAAACUAUUAAUUAUAUUAUAUGUUUUUUGUUCUGCAACAGCUCACUUUUGAGACAAUGAAAAUAAUUCUUAAUGCUGCUUGGAUAUAGAGAAACUAUUUAAAUUAAAUUCCAGUACAAAAUAUUUUAUUUCCAAAUAUUGAUAAGCGAAAUAUUAUGGUGAUAUAUACCCAAAAUUUAUGUAUGUUUCCUAAGUAAAUUAACUAAAUUCAGGCCAGAAUCUUGAAUUUUUUCUAAGGUGAACAGAAAUUGUAAAAUAACUCCUUCGCUCUACAUUAUUAUCAAUUUAACCACCAAAUACUUACUGAUAUGUAUAGGACUUCGUAACAUAAAUUUUCAGAACAAUCCUUUGCGAAACCUAGCCUUUCCGAUUACCAUGGAAGUGGCAAUGUUCGGACAAGAUUCAAUCUAAUAUAAGUAGUUUAUUUUUACUUAGUUGGAUACAUUCACUAGAUCUUUUUGGUUACAGUUUCCCAGGAGUAUAUUUACCUGACUCAGUUCCUGUAAAUUAUUCCAGUAACUAAUUUUUCCCUAUUUACAUCUUGCCUAGUUUUUUCUCUAUUAUCCUGUAGAAUCCAGGUACCACGAAGGGUUAAUCUGCCAUUUCUUUAGCAAAUCUAUCUACUAAUUCAAAUUCCCCCACUCCUAUGUAUGUUAGAACCCACUGGAAUGUAACUCAGUUUUCCCUAACUCAUUAAAUUUUUCCAGGUAUUUCCAAGCUAACUUGGAAUUCAUGAUAUUGAAGCUCGGAGUCCUGAUGGACUUUUGGCUAUCCGACAAGAUGAUAAUCUCUUUUACAAUAAUGCCUUUCGAAGGUAAACUGGAUAUAUUUUUCAAUUUCAUAUAUUUCUAUCGGGAAAAUACUUCGUGUCCCCUCUUGGGUCCAUACACGCCUAUUCCAACGCCCUUUUGAUUUUGGUUGAGAUUUUUGUUUAUCACUGGUAGCUCUUUGAUCUAACAUUCUGAAUGAGGUUUUUUCGUCACGCUCUCCAAGAGAUAUUUACUCGAUUGAUUUUUUACGAAAUUUACAUUGAUUAAUAAAUUUAGAAUACAUUUGAAACACUCAAGAGGUAAUUUCAGCUUCCACGUCAUUAGAACUCCGUCCAUGUCUACCACUACUACUGGAAAUUUUUUAAUAUUACAUUUGCGACAUGUUUCACCCACUACAUAUUCUGUUCACUUCAAAUUUCCAAGCCAUAAAGAAGUUGAUUGGAUACCUAGGGAAUCUGAGAAGUAAAAUAAGCAGCCAAUUCAUUUGUUUAAUUAUAAACUUUUUGAAUAUGUGAAUCUUAAUAGAACGAAGCUGAUAUGGCGGCUAGAACCGCAGAUGAUUAAUUUUCAAUAUUUUUUUUGCCUUGGUUUAUUCAAGAACUUCUUACUAAUAUAGCUGGUGAAGUGGCUUUAUUUCCAUCUUUAGUGUUUCUAUAGCUUCCAUCUUUUUAUAACUUCUUUUCAGCUUAAUAUCAUGCUCUGAUUUCAGUUACCUCUUUCUCCUUAGAAUCAUUUGUAGCAUCGGCUUCCCCUAAAUUCCUUUAUUAUUCAUUUCAAUGGUCCACACCUCAAACACAACAAUAGCAUUUCACCAGAACCCAGCUAUAACCUUUCAUAAAUUGCAAACAAACUUGUGGCUAAAAACUUGGAGAAUAAAAGUAAAGAAAAUAAAUCUGUGCAUAUUACAUACACCCUAUGGAGAGGAAUCUGCCCAACUGUAAUAUUAAACGGGCAUCUUCUGCCACAAAAAGAGAGUGCAAAAUACCUUGGAAUUCAUCUGGUCCGACGACUAACCUGGAGCACACACAUACUAACCAAGAGAAAGCAAUCGGGUCUAAAACUCAGCAAACUGUACUGGUAAUAGGUCGAAUAUCUCAAAUAACCAUCGACAACAAGCUGCUAAUAUACAGAGUCAAACUAAAACCCAUCUGGAGUUAUAGUAUUCACCUGUGGGGCACUGCAUCCAACUCAAAUAUAGCAAUUCUAGAAAGAUUUCAAUCAAAAGGACUCAGAAUUAUUGUAAAUGCUCCAUGAUAUGUACCCAACAGCGUUAUCGUCUGUGCUUUCCAAAUUAAGUUAGUUAAAGAAUAAAUAUCUCACUUCUCCUAAAAAUAUUCUUACCCAUCCCAACACAUUGGCUCAACCUCUAAUGAGACCUUCCACAUCUUCAGUGUGACCUGCCUGACAAAUUUUAGUAUCAUAAUUAUGUGUUGUGUGGUUAACCCUCAAUCAAACGAUUUUUUUAAGUGAAGGGAGCCGAGACAACAGACAACCGAGGACAAUGAAAAUCUCCUAGAAUUUUUUUCCUAUUACGUGUUACUGACCAUUAUUAGAAUAAUGGCAAGGUUGUUAAAAACAAUUAAAACUCAGUGAAUCUCAUAUUGCUCCUAAAGAUGAGAAUCAUGCUAUUGCUUCUUGUCCCAGUUGCUGACUAAAAUAUCGAUUCCAAGCGUUAUACCAACAAAGUUGUUGAUGAUUCCAGAACCACGUAAAUCAAUUAUGGAGACCUUCAUUUUGGUCCUAUCUCUACAAAGACGUGUGAUACUUGAUCUUUAAUUUUUACAUCACCGGCAUGUCUCCUAGUCAUAGCAGCCGCACCAACACAACCACAUUAUUUUCAAACCAGCUUUGAUAUGCUCUUGAGCAAUUGGUCAUUGAUAAAAUUUUUUUUAAUUAGUAAUCUGCUGUAGUGGAUCAAUAGCAAACCAAAAACCUUAAGGUCCGUACCUAGCGGCACUAGAUGUAAUUGCAUAGUCUUUAUCGGCUGAAGGGAUCAAGAUGUUUUCCCUAUUACGUGCUACUGACCAGUAUAUUUGAGGUUUUAUUUGAUUACUGGCAAGGUUUAGACCAGUUAAAACUCAUUGAAUCCCAUAUUGCUUCAAAUAUGGUUACACGUACCUAACCAAGAAACCAUUCUUUAAUUUUCGUGUCAUCAAUUUACGUACUCAGGAAAAUGAUACUUUUGGUGUAAAGGAAAGUUGGAGUUGCAAGCUGACUUCAGUUUCUUAUAUUGCUAUAUAUAUUUCACUUAUCAUUCAAAAAGUCUACUUAUUUUCAAUGUAAACAAACCUUAUUAUGCAAUUUUCAAUAACAUAGAUAGUUCCUUCUAAGAAACGUAAAUUUGUUAUGACAUGUUUCAUUUUUGAAUGAUAUAAAUUUGAAUUUCAAUACACAAUAUUCAAUUCUUAAAUUCUUUGUAACAUUUAACUUUAUUAUCAACAAAAAUAAUGAAAUAUUGUCUUUAAUACCCAACUUUUUCUCAAUUAUUUUCGAAUACAUUUGUCAAUAAGGUAUUUAUUGACCAAAAAUAUUAAGUUGUCUGAUCGAAAAUUCUAUUUUUAGUAUAUUAUGUCAAACUUAUUAGUCUAAAUUUUGAUCUCCCAAUUUCUCGUGUAUCUAUUAGAAAGAAAAAUAUACAUUCAUUGGAAAUUGCCAUAAUAUAAAUAAAAAAUAACAAAUUUGAUGAAAAUGUGCCAAAAAUAUUGUAAAAUAACAUUCUAUGGAGUUAAAUUGAAAUAAUAUUUCCAAUAUUAUGAUUCUCUUGUACUGUACGAGAAUUUGUGGCCAGUUGACUUUCAAAAAUAUUUCAUAAUUUUGCAUACGUACUCAUUUAAUCAAAAUUUUUGAGGUGAUAUAAUUUCAUUUAGAAGAAAGUAAUAAUUAAUGUCGUUUAAAGUAUCCGCAAAAAACUAUUGGCAAUAAUUUGCGGUCAUUUGGUAUCCAAAAGUUUAGAAAUUAAUCGAAAGUAACCGCAAUCAUAGCUGUUUCACAGUCGUUACCGAAGAUUGAUAAUGGAUGCUUUAUUUUAUCCUAAAAACAUUAUAUGAAAACAUCAAGAUAAUGCUUGAGAAUUGUAUGUUUCUUUUAAAUUAAUUAGAAUAAAAAUGUAUUGGAAAACGGCAUUAGCUAUUACUAAAUACCAUAAAUGCGCAGGAUUUUUUCAAAGAUUUUUGAAUAUAGAAAUAAUAAAAGAAACUACACGUUAAGAAAGAACUAUUAGAUGCUGCGUCAUAGUAAGUCCAUAAGACAUAAUGGUAAUGUGAUUACAAAGCUUUAGUCAAAACAAGUGGAUGUAAACUUACUAAACCCUCAUAACAUAAACAUAACAAAAAAUAUUUUUUUUAACCUAAAAAGUACGUUUUAGAAAUGAAUGAAAACCGCUAUACCCUUAUAAAGUGUGUCGCAUUUCAAGUGAAGACACUACCACAUUUUCGUAAUUUAACUAGAAAGUUAAAUUCAUUCCCUGUAAAAUGGAAGUUAACAAAUAAUUUUCCUGAUGUUAAAGAUGUCAAAAUUUAUGGAAAAAAGUACACCCCAUAUACUCAUAGAUGUUUUAUGAUGAUGAACUUAGUUAUUGCUACCAUCUAUACUCGAAAUUAUUCCAAGUGCUUAGGUAAUGGUACUAGAUACUCAGUACCGCUGGGAUGAGCCUUUGAUACAUAUGGGAGACUCAACCUGGAAAGAACCUCUCAGAAAUAUGAGAUAGCAAUCUCUUCUGGAUAUUCGGAAUGUUAUAAAAGCACUGAGCUCUCAAGUAGUCUAUUCAAAAUUGAUCUGGUAGGGCUGUAGAAAAGUUAAUUACUCCAGCAAGAAUAAUAAGUUAUUUCCAGUUUAUAUUUCUGUUUAUUUGGAAAACGAGGGAAACAUUACAAAAUACAUAUAAAUAUAAUACAAAAAGUUAUCACUAAACCGGAGUCUUUCUAUGCACUUACAAGAAAGAUUUCUAGGAAAAAGAAAAAUCUGAAAGAGAAUUAGUUUUCUUAUAGGUCAUCUCCGUCUCAGAAAACAUCUGGUAAAUCUGAGUCUAGCAGAAAUUGACGAAUGCAAGUUUUGUGAGAAAUACCCACGCUGAAAAUACUUUAGAGGGGAAAUUUGUCGCGAAGAUAUGAAUAUCAGAGAUUCUGGCACUGGAGGGUAAGUAAAUGGUCUUUGUCAAAUGGAGCUCUGAUAGGAGGAGGGCACAAUAAUAAUGCCGGAGUUUUACGACUGUACAAUUUAUAAUAUGUAUUGUAUAUUUGGAAAGAUGAUAAUUUGUCAUAUUUGGAAAGGAUCAUUAGUUUAUUCUAAUAAUAUAAUUCAAGUUGAGAAAAUGGAAUAAAAAAAUUAUAAUGUAGGUGAUUCAUUGAAUAAUAUAGUUAUGAAAGUGAUCAAUGUCAAGUCAUAUUUUUAGAAAUACGGAUUUUUACUUGAGUUGAAUAGCUCAAUUCACAACUUUGUAAAAACAUGAAAUAUUUUAUUGGAUAUCAAGACUAUUAGAAGCACACCGCGCAUGUAUAUACUCUCUUAAAUACUAAUCCUAUUGUAUACAAAAGCUAAAAUCAAUUAUAUUUAUAAUCGUUAGAAUCACAUCAAUACAAAAAUAAGUGUAAGUAAUUUGUUAAGUUAAUGAUAACUUCAAGUAUCUAAGGGAAAUAUGGAAUCGCUUAAGUAAGACGUUGGUUUCCGUCAGAAGAAGGUCGGCUUAUAAUAAAUCUUAACGAAUACAAUAGUCACUAAUAAUUCUUCACACUCACAUUAAUAUAAGACAGAAAUUAGGUAAUGUGAGACAAUACGUGAAUAGAGCAUAAAAUAAGAGACAUAUUGUAUAACUUAAUAUAUAGUUAACAGAUCUUAAAUGGUUCUAAUCAGGAGUGGUGAGAUAAUUCCUGUUUUAAACACCAAUUUGCAAUCAGAAGACACCUACAACCAAGACGAUUUAGGAACUGAAAAAUUAUAUUAGAUAUAAAUUUAUAUCGUUGAAUAUUUUUCAAUUAUUUUUCCUGAAGAAUUAUCUGUGAUACAAAUUUCUUCAGUUUUAAACGAUGCAACCACAUUAGUAGUGAAUGUAGCCUAAUAAGUAAACAGCUUUUUUAGAAAAUAUCUUUAAUUUGAGAAAUUACCUCGAGCCCAAUGGAAAUAUAAUUUUCACCCUUCUUCUAAUGUCGUUAUUAGAUAUUAUGGACACGGAAAAUAAUUAAAAGGACUAUCGUCAAAGCAAUCUUGCACGUUUACGCACGAUUCUAUAUUUUAAUGACUCCAAAAGAAUCGAAAGUUUUUUCAAUGCUUUUACGGUUAGAAAAUGGUUUUAAAUUAGAAAUUAUUUCCAUUCUUUCCGAGAAAUUGAUAAUCAAUUCUCAAACAAAAAGAUUCUAGAAAAACGUUUCCAUUCUCUUUUGAUAAUUGAAAUGCAAACAGAAUGCAUUAAUUGGAAUCGAUUUUUGGAAAAUUGAAUUUCCGUUUCUAAGAAAGUGAAUAGAACCUUUUCAUUGGUUGACGAUAGUUCUGAUGGAGAAUAGGAGGAGUGGCGAUCUGUGUAAUCUAAGGCUUCGGUUUAUAGGAUUCAAUCUUCAAGCGAAUAAAUCACCUCCUAAUUUUAGUGUUACCAAUAUCAAGUUAGGAUAUUAAGUGGCAAUUGAUACUUAAAAGAACGAGCAGUGUCUUCAACUUAGAUGCAACACACUGUAUAUUUAUUUCCUAUUACCAAUGCAUUCCGAUAUUUAUGUAUGUUGUAACAUAUCGAAAUUAUCAAAGAUCAAGAGAAUUUGAUUUGGGUAUUUGCCUAUUUAAAAAUAAUUUCUUGACAGUUAUUUGUGUCAUGAUCGCUAAUUUUAUUAUUCUAUUUAUGUUAAAAGUGGGAUUUUAGUAAUUUUACAUUUGCCGUUAUAUCUUUUUAGUUGAAUUGGAAGGUGAAUCAAAUAGAUUAAAUGUAGGUAAAAAGUGAAGUUAAUAAAAUAAGUAAAUAUUUUAAUUCAAUUGCGAGGAAGAUGUGGUAGAUGAACUAGAGUACGUUAAAUCAUAUUUGGUGAAGUUAAAAUUUGCCAAUUAAAAUUUUAUACAAAAAAUGUGAAGAAAAGCUUUUUUCUACGUUUCAUUUUCCAACCCUUGUACAAUAUAUAUUUUCAUUUGUAUGAUAUAUGAUACAAAAUGUGUACAAUUUAUAAAUUAGGUUGUGGCUUUUCAUUUCUUAUUAGUUUAAUCUCAGAUUAUUGAAGUUUAUCCAAAUUAUUCAUUAUUUAUUUACAGUUAAUUUCAAAUAUAUUGUUCUAAUGAGUGAGGAAACAAGUUUUCUUCACAUUUUUUUGAAAUUCACUGCAUCUCAUUAUACAGAAAUGUAUAGAAAAAAAUUUAAUCUAUGGAAUUGCAAAUAAAUGUAUUGUUAAAUUAAAUUAUAUUUUGUUUAUAUAAGAA